CGGUUUCUGCAUUCUGGAGAAGACAGCGAUGUGGCCAGCGGAGUCCACGCUAUCCAGGCGAGCGGACAACUUCAGAAACUUUUAACCACCAACUCCACUCACUCGAUCCUCAUUUUUCAAAAUGGUGGGUGUCAUGUAGAUGCGCUUUCUGUUGCUCUUCAGUCGUCAAGGGAAGAUUCGGCUGCAGAAGUGGUUCUUGCCGCUAGGUGAACGAGAGAAGAAGAAAAUCAUUCGGGACAUGACCACCAUGGUGCUGGCACGAAAACCACGCACAUGUAACUUCCUGCACUGGAAAGACCUGAAGAUUGUUUAUAAGAGAUACGCUAGUCUGUAUUUCUGCUGUGGUUUGGAGGAGGAGGACAAUGAACUGCUGGCUUUGGAAGUGCUGCACCGAUAUGUUGAACUGCUCGAUAAGUACUUUGGCAAUGUGUGUGAGCUGGAUAUCAUCUUCAACUUUGAGAAGGCCUACUUCAUUUUAGAUGAGUUCCUAAUGGGGGGAGAGGUCCAAGAAACAUCAAAACAGUCCAUUGCCAAGUCCAUCGAAGCUUCAGACAUGCUGCAGGAGACGAUGGAAGAGUACAUGAGCAAGCCCGCCUUCUAGCAACAGAAGAACAGAAUACAGACCAACAGAACAAAACAGGAAAUCUGUCUGGAUCUGCAACAUCUGCAAGAACUCUAGUCUACUGGAGCCGGUUAUGCUUUUUUAAAUGAGAAGUUACUUGACUGUUCAACCGCUGCCAGAGGUCUGUGGAGUGAACAUAUGAAGGAAAUCAGUGUGAUAUUUAAUAAUGUUGGAAUGAACAUCCACCUCUUCAGCGUUUUGUGGCUUGUUAGGCAGGAGGUUUUUUAAAUAUUGGUAUUUUACAUUAUUAUGUAUGUAUGUAUGUGUACAGUGGUUCUCAGCUCCAGCCUUGAUGACACUUAGUUGAACUUGUUCCUUGCUCUAACACAUUUUAGACAACACAUCGACUAAUACUUCUUUUGUGUGAAGAAAACGAGCCUGAGAAGGACGAGGUAGAACAGCAAGGAACACUGCAAUCGUCCAUCAGCAAUAAUUUAACAUAGGACACAAUAUGUAUACAUUAGUAAGACUGCCUUACACAGUAACGAUGCCUCAUGGAAUCCACUUUAACCUUUAUAUCAACAUUUUGACUUGCAAUAAUUCUACUGAACUUCGAGUUGAUUUUAAAGUGCCUAAUCUCUGAUCGUAUGGCUCUUUUCUGAUUUUUUUUUUUUGAGUAUGCUGCAUGCUUGAGACCACUUAAUUGAAAACAUUAAGGGAAACUGUUUUGUAUGCAUUAAUUAUUACUACUAAUGUUGUUUUGAGCACAUUACCAAAUCUACUCUGAUGAUGUUGAAGAUUAAAAUUGUAUUUUGAUAUA